CUGUGCAGGAGUGUGUAGAUAUGAAGGAAAGGGUGGAAUGUGUUCCAUUCGUCUGAGUGAGCCACUCCUAAAGUUAAGGCCAAGGAAGGAUCUCGUUGAGACACUGUUGCAUGAAAUGAUCCAUGCCCUGCUUUUUGUUACUAAUAAUGACAAAGAUCGUGAAUCUCAUGGGCCAGAGUUCUGCAAACACAUGCGUCGCAUUAAUCGCCUGACUGGAGCCAAUGUCACAAUCUACCAUAGUUUUCAUGAUGAGGUGGAUUCGUACCGCCAGCACUGGUGGCGAUGCAAUGGCCCCUGUCAAAACAGAAAGCCUUAUUUUGGGUAUGUGAAACGUUCCAUGAAUAGAGCACCCUCUGCCCGAGACUUCUGGUGGGCUGAGCAUCAAGAGACGUGUGGAGGCACAUUCACAAAAGUGAAGGAACCAGAGAACUUCUCUAAGAAAUCUAAGGAGAAAACUCAGCCAGCAAAACUUCCAAAUUCUGAAUCAACUAACAAAGGCAAGACACAAAUGCGUGAAACGCAAGGUGUGGUACCCUUCAGUGGAAAAGGACAUAGGCUUGGAGGAGGAGACAGCGGACUCUCAGAAAACAGCACAAAUUCCAGCACCCGUGUUAGAAGCAGUGGAAUGCCUGGUUCACAGCAUCAUUCAGCAAGGACAGUACCAAUCCCUAAAAAUGAGAUAAAAUUUGAAAAAUCGCCCCGUAGUGGCAUCUUCUUUCCACUUUAUGAUGAUGCUGCUGUUGAGAAGAUCAACUUAGCGUCAAAGCGUGAGUUUCCUAAACUCUCUGUUGCUAAUACAAAAGCUUACAAGAAUGUUAGUGGAUCGCCUGUUAAAAUUGCACGUGUCAUGGAAGAAAAACCAAGCCAAGGUUCUGCAAAAGGCAAGAGAGUUAUGCCACUCUGUAACAGGCCACCAAAGCAAAUGUGUUUUGAGCAGACAGUAACAGCUCAGGUUGCAUAUGAGAAGAAAAGCUCUGAGUGGACUAACACGCUGGAGCAGUGGCCAAAAAUGGAAGACAAAACUGCCUUUGAAAAGUAUUUCAUUAAAAAAGGGAGUGCUGAUGUCACUUCAAGUAUAAAUACACCCAUGAAAACCAAAGCUGAAUCUACAGUGUCUUCUGCAAGUUCCAGCACUGCUGUAAGGCAGGAUAAAAAAGUGAGUUGUCCUGUUUGCCAGACUGAGGUUUUGGAGUCUGAAAUAAAUGAACACCUUGAUUCUUGUCUUGCAUAA